AUGUAUGGUCCAUCCAGGGCUAAUUUUCAUGGAGUUCCAAGGAUUCUUGAAAAUACACUUCCCUCCUAUCUAGAACAAAGCAACAACAAUGACCCGGAUUGGAAUAUUUAUGCUGAAUACAUGUCUACGUCACCUAUAGUGAUAUCAAUAGUAUUUUUAAGAAAUCCAUUUGUGUUUUAUAGACCUCAUUGUGCCGGUGAUUUUGGUAUGCCAGCACUUAAUGCUACAUUAGAUACUCUUGGACAAUUGGAAUCGGGUAAAAGUGAUAGUUCAUCAUAUAGCACGACAGAUAGUUUAAAUUUUACUAAUGUUGCCAAUUAG